GAGCGCAGUGUAGUGGAAUGUAGUUGCCAUUAGUGGGAGUUGAGCUUCAGCUGGCUAACAGCUAGCCUGCUAUGUUGAGUCUGAGCUGGAGACGCAGAGGAGAGUGAUGAAAACAUGCCUCACUUCACUGUGGUACCGGUGAAGGACCGAGCUCAGUCCAGCUACGACAGUCUAGAGGGGAUUAACUGGGUGGAUUACAGGGACACUGGGCAGGACAACCAUGAUCACCAAGAUACUGUCAGCUCUGAUGGACACGGAAAUCAUAAAGAAGACAGUCCAUUUCUCAACAGUGCCCAUGCUGCUAACAAGAAGAAUGACUUCUAUGACAGGAACCUGGCACUGUUUGAGGAAGAGCUGGACAUCCGGCCGAAGGUUUCCUCUCUGCUCAGCCGCUUGGUCAACUACACCAACAUCACCCAAGGGGCCAAGGAGCAUGAGGAGGAGGAGAGUGCUGAGGCCUCACGUAGGAAGACCCCCAAGUCUCCCAACAUGGGCACUCUGAUGGGAGUCUACUUACCGUGUCUCCAGAACAUCUUUGGUGUCAUUCUUUUUCUCAGACUGACAUGGAUUGUUGGGAUGGCUGGCAUCAUGCAGUCGCUCUUGAUUGUCCUCAUGUGCUGCUCAUGUACAAUGCUCACAGCCAUAUCAAUGAGUGCCAUUGCUACUAAUGGUGUUGUUCCAGCUGGAGGUGCAUACUUCAUGAUCUCACGCUCCCUUGGUCCAGAGUUCGGAGGAGCAGUGGGACUGUGCUUCUAUUUGGGCACCACCUUUGCUUCCGCCAUGUACAUACUUGGUGCCAUCGAAAUCUUCUUGAAAUAUCUGGUGCCUCAGGCGGCCAUCUUUCAUGGCACAGACCCCCUCGGGAGUGACAGUGCCAUGUUGAACAAUAUGCGAGUCUACGGUUCUAUCUGCCUCACACUAAUGGCUGUGGUGGUUUUUGUAGGAGUCAGAUAUGUCAACAAGCUGGCCUCUCUUUUCCUGGCCUGUGUCAUUAUCUCAAUUGUCUCCAUCUAUGCUGGAGCAAUCAAAUCCAUGACUCAUCCUCCAGAGUUUCCGAUCUGCAUGCUGGGCAACAGGACUUUGGUGAGAGAUCGCUUUGAUGUGUGUGCUAAGACUGUGAUACAGGGCAACAUCACUGUGCCCAGUCAGCUGUGGGAAAGGUUCUGUCUGCCAGGGAACAUGAGCAGCGCUCAGUGUGAUGACUACUUCAUCCAGAACAAUGUGACAGAGAUACAGGGCAUCCCCGGACUGGGCAGUGGGAUUAUUAGAGAAAACAUGUGGGGUAACUACCUGCAAAAAGGAGAAAUCUUGGAGAAAGCGGGGCUACAGUCAGUUGAUACCCAUGGCGCAUUGGACAACUUUGGCAUGUAUGUGUCAGCAGACAUCGCUACAUCAUUCACACUUCUGGUGGGGAUCUUCUUCCCAUCUGCCACAGGUAUCAUGGCAGGCUCCAACAGAUCCGGUGAUCUCCGGGAUGCUCAGAAGUCCAUUCCUGUGGGAACUAUUCUAGCUAUUACCACUACUUCACUUGUUUAUUUAAGUUCUGUAGUUCUGUUCGGGUCUUGUAUUGAAGGAGUAGUCCUCCGGGACAAGUUUGGGGACGCAGUCAGAAAAAACUUGGUGGUGGGGACUCUCUCCUGGCCAUCUCCAUGGGUUAUUGUCAUUGGCUCCUUCUUCUCUACAGUUGGGGCCGGCCUGCAGUCCCUCACUGGGGCGCCCCGACUUCUACAGGCUAUUGCCAAGGACAACAUCAUUCCUUUCCUCAGGGUGUUUGGUCACGGAAAGACCAACGGAGAGCCAACAUGGGCACUGCUGCUGACUGGUCUCAUAGCAGAGCUGGGUAUUCUUAUUGCCUCUCUGGAUAUGGUGGCUCCUAUCCUUUCCAUGUUCUUCUUGAUGUGCUAUCUCUUUGUGAACUUAGCCUGUGCAGUUCAGACUCUUUUACGCACACCAAACUGGAGGCCAAGGUUUAAAUAUUACCACUGGGCUCUGUCCUUCCUUGGCAUGAGUAUGUGUCUGGCUCUAAUGUUCAUCUCCUCCUGGUACUAUGCUAUUGUGGCCAUGGGCAUCGCUGGGAUGAUCUACAAAUACAUUGAGUACCAGGGAGCAGAGAAGGAGUGGGGAGAUGGUAUAAGAGGACUGUCCCUUAGCGCUGCACGCUACGCCCUGCUAAGACUGGAGGUCGGACCUCCACACACCAAGAACUGGAGACCUCAGCUGCUGGUGCUGCUGAAGCUGGAUGAGGACCUCCAUGUAAAAUAUCCCAGACUGCUCACAUUUGCCUCACAGCUGAAGGCGGGAAAAGGCCUGACCAUUGUGGGCUCUGUCAUUCAGGGCAACUUCCUGGACAGCUAUGGGGAAAUGCAGGCAGCAGAACAGGCCAUUAAGAAUAUGAUGGAGAUUGAGCGGGUCAAGGGCUUCUGUCAGGUCGUGGUGGCAUCAAAGGUGCGUGAGGGCAUUGUCCAUCUGAUCCAGUCCUGUGGCCUGGGAGGCAUGAAGCACAAUACUGUGGUGAUGGGCUGGCCGUACGGCUGGAGACAGAGCGAGGACCCUCGUGCCUGGAAGACUUUCAUCAACACAGUCCGCUGCACCACAGCUGCCCACCUGGCCCUGAUGGUGCCCAAAAAUGUGUCCUUCUACCCGAGCAACCACGAACGCUUCACCGAUGGCAACAUUGACGUGUGGUGGAUCGUCCAUGAUGGGGGGAUGUUAAUGUUGUUGCCUUUCCUGCUCAAACAGCAUAAAGUGUGGAGGAAAUGCAAGAUGCGCAUCUUCACUGUAGCCCAGAUGGAUGACAACAGUAUCCAGAUGAAGAAAGAUCUGGCCACGUUCCUUUACCAGCUGCGAAUAGAGGCUGAGGUGGAGGUGGUGGAGAUGCACGACAGUGACAUCUCAGCAUACACCUAUGAGCGGACGCUAAUGAUGGAGCAGAGGUCCCAGAUGCUGAGGCAAAUGAGGCUCUCCAGUGCAGAAAGACAAAGAGAGGCCCAGUUGGUUAAGGACAGACACUCUUUGGUCCGUAUGGGGAGUCUAUACUCAGAUGAGGAGGAGGAGGUGGUGGAGGCUCCUCCAGAGAAGGUUCAGAUGACAUGGACAAAAGAAAGGUGUGAGGCCGAGAGGAGGAACAGGAACAACGCACCUGAGAAUUUCAGGGAACUCAUGAGCCUCAAACCGGAUCAGUCCAACGUGCGGCGAAUGCAUACAGCUGUGAAGCUGAACGAGGUAAUAGUCAACAGGUCCCACGAUGCUCGAUUAGUGCUGCUCAACAUGCCCGGGCCACCACGAAAUGCAGACGGCGAUGAGAACUAUAUGGAGUUCCUGGAGGUGUUGACUGAAGGCCUGGAAAGAGUGCUGCUGGUGAGAGGUGGAGGUCGGGAGGUCAUCACUAUUUACUCAUGACCAAUUAGGAGCUGCUACACAGAGGCCUCAGCCUCAUCACACUACAUUCCCCUUCUGAACGCAAAGCAGCACCCACUCUGCUGCCAGAAAGCAGCACCCACUCUGCUGCAGCACCCAGUCUGCUGCCAGACAUUAUCAAUUUGACACUUUUUCUGAAGUAUGGACUUUUGAGUACAAAAGAGGUUUAUUCUAUUCUUGUAGAAUAUUGAGACACCUUGGUGUACAUAUCUAUCCAAUAUGUUCACAGCUUUGCCAUUAUUUACAAAUGAAAGCUGUUAUUUUUCUCCCUCAGAAAAUCAAUAUUUGUGUAAGACUGUCAAACACAAAGUGUAGGUUAGUGUUUUCUAAUUUAUAUGUAAGAAGUACCUCUUCGUAUGUGAAAAUAAACCUAUAUUUGAUGAUUUGGCAGAGAGCACAAUCCAGGAUAGUACGCAUGUUUUUAUAACAGUUUUAAUAGUAUAUCAGAUUUUUAUUCUAUAGCAGCCUUUUGAUUAUUUUGGAAGCACAUCUCUAUUUAUUUAUUUAUUUUUUCAACACUUCCCCAUUGAGGUAAAAGAAAAUGUUACUGUAGAUAAUAAACAUAAUUCUUGACGUUGGCUGUGCUGUAUUGGUGGCACAGAAUGGAGUUUGUAAAUGUGGAUACCAGAGAUCAUAAGCAAGUUUUUAAAAAGAGUUAUAAUUUAUCAUUUUUGGACAGAUAUUUGUGCUCUUGAUUAGAGAAAAAAAUGUAUGAGUGAUCUUUGGGCUGUUACAUUUGUACUUUUUCUGCCGACCUAAAAAGCUUAUCUGCACACAAAAAAGAUGGCUAAAUGUAAAGUUGUAAUCCUUAAGAUUUUCAUGAAAUCAAACCCAUUUUAUACUAUUUAUAGUCUGCAUUUUUCUGCAGUAGCCAGUCAGUGUAUUCACAAAUACCCACCUGUGUGGUAGUUUUCCUUACUCACAGUGGAGUUCAUCAUUCCCAACCUGAUUUCAAAUUGCCUACUAGCUAGCUGCUUAUGGAUUGUUGCCCGUAGUAUUAAAAACCACACUUGCUGGUACCAUAGUAACCAUGGGUGUUGUCCAAUCAACUAGGACUGAAAUCUGAGGGAUUACCACCUUACGAAAAAAUCCUGUUCUCAGAUAACAUCUUGUGUUUUUAAGGUCUUUUCCUAGGAAGUUCAGUUUGAUAAAUAAGUAAAAACUGUUUCUUUUAUGAGGACUCAAUGGGCUGUACAAGCCAAGGGUGUUUAUAUGUAAGGAAUAACUAGGAUUGCAGUUAUUAAAAACUAAAGACGCAAUGGUAAGAACACUCCUGGUCUUCACUUUAAAUCAUAGAGAAAAAGCAUAGGUUGGAGUAGAUCAUCCCACAUUUUCUCUCUCCAGCAAUCCAUAUUAUGUUUUAGCAAAUUCAGCUUUUGGCACAGCACUUUUUCAUUGGAAACUUUAUGUUGGCAGUAUUUUAGUGACACUGAGUAUUCAUUUUAAGGGCGAUUACACUAUUUUGUCACAGUUGUGUGGUUAUCUGAAAAUCAUGCACAUGGUGUAAAUGUUAAAACAUCAAAAUGAGCUCACCACAACAAAUUCCUAUCAGCUAUGUUGCCAAUGCAGUAUUGACUCUGAUUCCUAACAAGGCGGGUUUUCUAACUUAAAUACCUGGUUUUAAUUAUUUCUUCGUGCAAUGAAAAAAGCAAGGGCAAUUGUCUGCUUGGCCAAAUAGCUCAAAAUAAAACACACACACACAUGUUUUAUAUUCUUCCAUAAUAUCUUAUUAUGCUGUACGAUCAAAUAAAAAGGAACAUUUGUUUAUUAACUA